UCAACAACAGCAGCUUGUCAGACACCUCCGUAGCUUAGCCAAUAUAGCCGAAACGUAUGAGCUCUUAAGACUGUUUCGGUGUAUAUUGGUCCCUGUGUUUAAAACAUACUUAUUUCGUAUAGCUAGUUUCCCCAUUUAAUUAAAUAUAUACGUUGUUAAGUUAGUAGCUAGCUGGAUUGCUGAAUUAGCUUAGAACCAGGCUAGUCGUUAAUGCUAACUAGCUAACAUCUCCGACCAUGAGCUCACUAAGCUACUCUCCUCCUGAUAAAGAAGAGGUCUACUGGACGGAGAAAGAAGCUCUGGGACUGAACAUUGUCGUGAAAGAGGAGGAGGGGGAUAUUACAGUAAAAGGAGAGGAAGAUGCUUUCAGAAUGAAAGAGGAGGUAGAGGAGGCUAUCAGUAUCACAUUAAAAGAAGAGGAUGAUGUUAUAGUGAAAGAAGAGAAAGAACAUAUUAGAGUGAAAGAUGAAGAGGGGAUAGAGACUGUCACAGUGGAAGAAGAGCAGGUAGAAGCUUUCAGAAUUAAAAAGGAGGAAGAGGAGGAGGAUGUUAUAGUGAAAGAAGAGAAAGAACCUUUUAAAGAGGAAGAGGAGGCUGAAGAUCUGAUUAACACCAGAGAGAGACCAGACUCUCACUUUGACAGCGGGAAGAGUCUUUCAGGGGAACCAGACCCAGAGACGGGUCCUUCAGGGGAACCAGACCCAGAGAUGGGUCCUUCAGGGGAACCAGACCCAAAGAAGAGUCCUUCAGGGGAACCAGACCCAAAGAAGAGUUAUUCAGGGGAACCAGACCCAGAGACAUCGAAACCAGCAGGACGACACCACAAGAGUUUUACUAAGCUACAGAACCUAAGAGUGCAUGAGAGGACACACAGAGGAGAAAAGCCUUUCCACUGCUCUCAGUGUGGAAAGAGGUUUACCCGUUUAGAGAACCUGAAACAGCACGAUAGAAUACACAGAGGGGAGAAGCCUUACCAUUGUUCCCAUUGUGGAAAGCGCUUUAGGUCAUUAGGCACCCUGACAACGCAUGAGAGAAUACACACAGGAGAGAUGCCUUACCACUGUUCCCACUGUGGAGAGAGUUUUAGGUGGUCAGGGAGCCUGAAAACACAUGAAAGGACACACACACAAGAAAAGCCCUACCAAUGCUCCCUGUGUGGAAAGAGAUUUACAGAGUUAGGGUCCCUGAAAAUACACAAUAGAAUACACACAGGAGAGAAGCCUUAUUACUGCUCCCAAUGUGGAAUAAAUUUUACCUGGUUGGCGAGCCUGAAAACACAUGAGAGAAUACAUACAGGAGAAAGGUCUUACCACUGUUCCCACUGUGGAAAGAGCUUUAGUGGGUUAGUGAACCUGAAACAGCAUGAGAGAGUGCACACAGGAGAGAAGCCAUCCCAAUGCACCCUGUGUGGAAAGCAUUUUACCCAUUUGGGGAACCUUAAAGAGCAUGAGAGGACACACACAGAAAUAAAGCCCUACCAAUGCUCUCUGUGCGGAAAGAGUUUUACCAAGUUAGUUGGCCUGAAUAAGCAUGACAGGACACACACACGAGGAGAUAAGACCUACCACUGCUCCCAGUGUGGAAAGACAUUUACCCGGUUAAGGUACCUGAAUGAGCAUGAAACAAUACAUACAAAUACACUCGAGAAGAAGACAUACCACUGCUCUCAGUGUGGAAAGACAUUUUCCCAGUCAGAGGACCUGAAAACACACGAGAGAAUAGAGAGGCUGUGUUCCGACUUAAGUUUUUGACUGAGAAUUUUUUUGUUUUUGUUUAUGCCACAUGAAAGCUUACUUAAAAAUAGGCUUACAGUGACGAGAAAAAAGUAUGUGAACCCUUGAGAAUUUCCUGGUUUUCUGCAUAAAUUGGCCAUUUGAUCUGAUCGGAUCUUCAUGUAGGUCACAACAACAUUCAUUUUUCCGUCGCUGACAGCAAGCUGUCCAGGCCCUGAGGCAGCAAAGCAGCCCCACACCAUGAUGCUCCCUUUUAUUUAAUUUUAAUUUUUUAUCUCUGAUAAAAAGUUUAAAAUGUGUGUUUUGUUUGUACACGUUCAUAUAUUGGAUACAAGUAUAAUCCCUUAAUGUUAAUUUGAUUAUUUAAAAUUUUUUUUUUUAUGGAAAUGGUUAAAUAGACCAAAUAGACCCUGUUCCGGUCUUGUCCCCUUAAAUAGAUGAAUAGAACGUGCAUUUCUUGAUUCUAACCAUGGAAUCUCUUUUUAUUCAUUUUGUUGUUUGGUGUCGUCAAGCUAAAGGUGUAUGAAAUGUGACGACGUUGUUCUGAUAACAUUGGAUAAGUUGUUCAUUAUGUUCUCUGUUGUCCUGCAUACUUAAUGCUUCAAUGGUUUUGUGUUGUGUGUCAUGUUCUGAAUGCCAAUCCUUUCUAGCUGCGGCCUGAUCAAACUGUCUGUUUAAUGGGCUCCUUGUUACGUCAUAUUCUCAGCAACAUUUACAGCGACGCUCAUAGACACAAGUACAAUAGUGUAAUAAUACCAGACUGGAAGGGUUAAUAAUGAUGUCAAUGCCAGAAUGGAAGGGUUAAUAAUGACGUCAUAAUGCCAGAAUGGAAGGGUUAAUAAUUAUGUCAAUGCCAGAAUGGAAGGGUUAAUAAUGAUGUCGUAAUAUCAGACUGGAAGGGUUAAUAAUGAUGUCAAUGCCAGAAUGGAAGGGUUAAUAAUGAUGUCAUAAUACCAGACUGGAAGGGUUAAUAAUGAUGUCAAUGCCAGAAUGGAAGGGUUAAUAAUGAUGUCAAUGCCAGACUGAAAGGGUUAAUAAUGAUGUCAUAAUACCAGACUGGAAGGGUUAAUAAUGAUGUCAUAAUACCAGACUGAAAGGGUUAAUAAUGAUGUCAUAAUACCAGACUGAAAGGGUUAAUAAUGAUGUCAUACCAUUUAAACUAAUAUUAUUAUAUAUUUUGUUUUACACCCUGAAGGGAGCUUCAUUUAUUUCAUGGUACAAUCAAUGAUACGCCGUACUGAAUGUAUUCAGACCACUGGACUUUUUCCAACAUUUUGUUACAUUACAGCCUUAUUCCAAUAUGGAUUCAAUUAUCAAUCUACACACAAUACCCCAUAAUGACAAAGAUUUUAGAUAUUUUUGCGAAAAAACUGAA